AUGCAAUUCUUCUCCCUGCGUUGGGUGUUUACUCUAGAACCUCUUCGUGCUCUAUUUCAUGUCAACUCCGCCGGAUGCUGGCGCAACAAUGCAAACACGCCAGCUGCCAAGGUGACACAGCGACGGGGCGAUGACGAACGCCAGUGCUCAUGGAACGAUGUCCAGCACCCACAACACACGACACACAUGACAGAACACAAAAACAACCUAACGCCCACGAAAAAAUGCCCAACGCCCACGAAAAAACAUCUAGCUCCCACGAAAAAACACCCAGUGCCCAUGAUGGUGCCACCCAGCCCAUGCCCAAAGACCAACCCCCACGAGGAUGUGUUUGGGCUGACCUUGGGCAAUGACAAAGUGCCGAACAAAGUGGUGUCGAACAGGGUCCUCCCCAUGGCUGGUAGCCAAAAUCUCAACCCUGCCCGCCAACAAGCCUCAUCUGAAGCACUGCUCCCAAGUCAAGUUUCUGCCAGCAAUCAUGUGUGCAAGAGCCAUCCAGCGAUGCAGCCGUCCUACCAGCCACCAGAUGUUGAGAUGGGUUCUGUGGCUGGACUAUCCACAGGUCGUGGCUCGACUCAUAAUCCAGUUGGACUCCAGCUGGACUCUGGCAGACUCCAGCUGGAUUUCUGGAGUCCAAAUGGAGUCCAACUAUCAUACAACCAAAUGUCUAUAUUUCUGGAUCAUCCAGGUGGAGUCUGUCUAUCUGGAGUCUGUGUUCGUCCUGGAUGA